AUGAUGAAUUAUUAAUUCGACAACAGACAUUCACAGAAACUUUAACAACAUCAAGUUCUUUAAAGAUUUUGGAAAAACCACCAUUUGAAGAGCAAUUAUUGCAGAAUACUUUAUGGCCCGAAAUCGAUAAGCUGUAUGGACAUGGAUAUGAGCUGAUAAGUGUUGGUGCAAGUCACAACGGAAAAUAUGUUGCUUGCGCCUGUAAGGCAACAACUCCAGAAGAUGCAAUUAUCCGAUUAUAUAAUACGACAACAUGGAAAGAACUAUCUAAUGGAUCAUUGAAAUCGCAUUCACUGACUGUUACAAAAAUUAGAUUUUCACACAAUGAUAAAUUGAUAUUGAGCGUUUCUAGGGAUAGGACAUGGUCAUUGUUUGAGAAAUGUGAAGGAAAUGAAGCAACGCCAUAUAAAUUUAUAACCAAAUAUAAAGCACACGCGCGUAUAAUAUGGGACUGUUCAUGGAGUCAUGAUGACUUGUUAUUUGCUACUGCUUCGAGAGACAAAACGGUUAAGGUAUGGAAUCGAGAAACCACUCUACAAUCACAAGAUCAAAGUCAGUGGCGUUGUAUUACAACCUUGAAACUUAAUGAUGCAGUCACAGCUAUUGAUUUUGCGCCUAGAUUUAUUGUGGCAAUUGGUCUAGAAAACGGUCAAAUUCUAUGUUACCAAUCUGAGCAAAUGCAAAUUGAUAAAUGGAGCUUGAUAAUUGAUAUUGAUAGGAAUAAUUGUCAUGUUGCGAGUGUAAAUUGCCUCACAUUUCGAUCUACAGAUACAAAUUCAAAUACCAAUAGUGAUAGUCAUGGUGAAGUAAUGGAUAGAUUGCAAUUAGCAAGUUGUGGGUCUGAUUGGAGUGUUAGAAUUUUGAAUUUGGAUUUUUGA